AUCAAAUCAGAGACACAUCUGGAGGCGGGUCUGCAGUUGUGUUUCCCCAACUCAUGAUGAAGCUCGGCCUGCUUUGGACGUGUGUGUGCUUGCUCAUCGCAGCCGCUGCUACAGCACACUCCGACCAGCACAACCCAUCCGAUGCAUCGCCGUUGUCGUCGUCGUCGUCGCCGUCGUGGGUCUCGAGUCCGCUGUCGCCGCCUUGGCUCGAUGCAGACGCGCUCGCAGCCGCCCGACUGAAGCUCAACUCGAUGACGAUGACCACCGACGAGCUUGUCGACCGCCUCUCGAGCGAGCUGCGCCAAGCAGUGUAUGUCGUCGAUCCACUUGCUGAUCAGGACGCACGCGAUCUGUACGACCGGACGCGCCUCAAUGCGCACGUCCUGCUCGAGCGGCUCGCUGCGGCCGAAUCUCAAUCUGGGUCAUCUCAUGAGGAGGCACCGUCGGUCGCACGACUCGUCAUGACUGCACUGCGAUCUGCAUACAAGGCGCACUCCACGCGCGUCAAAGAGCUCUUCCGCCGCGAGCAGGAUUGCCACACGCUGGUUUUGGCAACCGAUCUCGGCGGAUGCUGCUCCCCGCACGUACCGUCAUCGCCAUCGCCAUCACAAGCUCAAGCAGCGCUGCGCAAGAGCGCCAAGAACCCGCCAAAGCUUAAUCCGGCGUGCUCGCUGGCGAAUCGGGGCGCUCACACAUGGCACAUGCUGCGCGAUCUUCUGUCGAGCGAAUUUGUACAAAAGCACCGAGCGGCUCUCGAUGCGUUUGAUCCACGAACGGGACUCUCUCCGCUUCAACUGGCGGUAAACAUGCGCAUGCAUCAGGCUGUACUCUUGCUGCUCCAGGCAGGUGCCGAUGUCACCCUCUUGACGCAAGAUCAGUAUCGCCAAUCACUCGCCCAAAUUGCACUCAUCAACCGCGAUAUCGUCUCUCUUUCUGUAUUGCUUGAGCGUGGUGCGCUCGCUUUCGAGCCUGUCGACGCGUACAAUCGCUCAGCCGCUGCGGUCGCUCGAAAGCUGCAGCUCUGGGACGGGCUUGCACUCAUCCAACACUACUCUGCGUCCAAGACUUGCCCUUGGGCUGCGCAUGCUCUGACCUCUCCCUGGACGUCAACAGGGGCUCCAUUUACGCAAUGUCCGAUUGAAGGAUACCAACUCUUCCUCAAUCUGCCCGAAACGGUGAUGCAGAGACAAAAGUGGGCGGCAAAGCCGCGAGUCCGAGCAGACCGCGAAAACGAGAGCGGAUGGCGGCGACCUGAGGCGUCAGUGUCAGCGCUCGAUCCUUCGCUCCGCAACUGUCCUCUCAAGAAGGUCCACGUGAGCACGCUUACCGCCGAGUCGUUUCACCGCGACUUUGCCUCUCUGCGGCAGCCCGUGUUCAUUUCUGGUCUCACCGAGUCGUGGCCGCGCAUUUGGACGGACUUUGCCAAGCGCGCGCUCUUUGACAAGCACGGCAAGGUCGAUCUUUUGGUGGGCGACAUUCCAUACGCCAAUCUCUUUGGAGCGCGGUCUGGUUUAGCGACCAUUGGCGAGUUUUACCAGUACAUGGACAGCGACGCGGAAACGACGUCAACGCCAUACUAUGCCUUUGAUACCGAGUUUUUGCCGCAACAUUUCAAUUCGAGCGAUUACAUGCUUCCGGCCGCAGUCCCGAUGUUCGGCAAUUCAUUGUGGGACCUCGAGAUUCGGGUGCACCAUUCCACUACCACUGCGAUGCGUUCAAUGCACAAAUCUUUGGCAAGAAACGAUGGUUUCUGUACGCACCCGCCAAUGCCAUCUAUUCAAAGCAACAUCCCUCCACUUGGAUCUCGGAGCAUAAGAUUCGGCCCGACACGCUGGACGUGUCUGGGCGAUACGAUCAGCCCAUCCAAUGUUGGCAGCAUUCUGGAGAAGUGCUCUUUGUUCCACGCUUUUGGUCGCACGCAACCAUCAAUGCGGAAGAGGGAGUGGGUCUUGCACUCGAAUACAACGGUGACUGCUAGAUCUAGAUCUCAACUCUAAUACAACAAAACAUUGACCUCCC